AUGUACCCGGAUUUUGGUCUUUCAAAAUGUCCAACUCAGUAUCUUACCUUUCAACAGCAUGGAUUGCCGCAUCGUUUUGAGGUCAAAAAUUUUUCUCUAGGAGCUUCCGUACACCAUGCCGUACAGGACCAUGAGAUCAAGGAUGUCCCGCUGAAUCGCCUCUUGUUCCCAUUUCUAGGCAACUCAUCAAUCAAAGUUGGAGCAUCCCUACUUCCCGUAUCCUCACUCAAUUUAACGGUGCAGAAGGCCCUCACUCCUAUUCCAGGAAUAUAUCCUUUCCAUGUCGCUGUGCGCACAGAUAUGAAUUACGUACCCCUGCUUUUCCCACCGCUUUUUCAUGUAACGGUUCAGAGACGAGUGGGCCAAGGCAAAGUUAUGUUUUGCAAUUGGUCCAGCGGAUUCUUAGAUUGGCCAAUUUUUAUCUCCAAUACCUUAAGGCCCAUGGUCAAACUCUUGUAUGGUGAUUAUAAGACCUUGGUAUUUCUAGUGGACAGCAAGUUUGAACUAGGGCUCAAAGUUUUUCCAGAAAUGUCGAUUAGAGGGACGCAGGAUAAGCACAUGGAUGAAGAUGAAGAAACGGCAGAGAACAGCAGGAGAAUGCAAAGCAUGCAGGAUUUUAAGUCCGGCGGGAGCUGGGAUUUUUUGCUUCAUUCGUCACCAAGCUCCAUACUGCUGACACUCAAUUACGAGAAAGAUCUUUUUACAGCUCAACCCGAACAGCCAGCUUUAUCCCAGUGGAGCUACGAAGGUUACACUCCUACAAAAGAGGUAAUCAACAGUCCACCAGUUCGACUAGAAGUCGAAGCAACUACUUCAAUCGACCUCUCCAUAGGUUGGAUGAUAUCGGGUUCCCGCAAGGUUGGCAAUUUCACCCGCAUGGGCCUCGGUAUUGGGAUGCAGGGUAAUAUGGGGCUGGUGUGCUCAAUUACAUGGAGUCGAUUAGGACAAAAAUUGACCAUUCCAAUCGCAAUCUGUCCAUUGGAAGUGGUGAACACAGAUAUUGCUAGCAUGGUAGUUAUAGUGCCGUGGCUUACAUACGCCCUUAUGGAGUUUGGAUUCUGGCGUCCACGGCAGAGACGGAAGCAGAAGAAAGCAAUCGCCAAGCAACAAAGGAGAGUACAAAGACUCAUGGCUAAGCGGAGAGCGGAAAGCUUGGAAGCUAUUGAGUUGAUGAAAGAUCAUGUCACCAGACGUCAGGACAUGGAAGAACAAAGGGGCGGCCUGGUGAUUCUUCUUGCCGAGUAUGGAUAUAUACCGCCUCAAUCGACGUUCAACAUUAGCAGGCCGGGCUCACGAGCCGACGAAAAUAUGGUUGACGUCACCAUUCCAGUUGCGGCGCUUGUUGAUCAAGGACAACUGAACAUUCCACGUAGUAUUGUCAAGAGCGAGAUCCUCGGCUUCAGUGACCCUGCUCCAUUUAUGCCGAAGAUACUGCGUAUCCAGUACAUCUUUGGCUGGAAGAAACAUUCCAUUGAGAUACCAGACGGUGAAGAUGUGAUAUGCCCUAUGCAGUCACAUCUGGUAUAA